CACAAGUGGCAGACAUCUGAUCCCGCGGCCAUCUGAUUUCCUCGUCACAGACAAGCUUUUCAGUACUCCUACGAUCUCACACAAGGCUAUAGCCAACACACUCUGUAGCCAUGGCGGCGUUGACGAACGUGUUCCCAUUCGAGAAGCUUCCCGCCGAGAUGCGCAACAAGAUCUACCACGAUGUGCUCAACGACAUCUUCCACGGGGAGCCUUCAAUAUGGACCACCUCAUGGCCAUCAUACGAAUUCAAGCCAUAUCUUACACUGCUACUUAGCAACCGUACCAUCUCCGGAAGUCAUUUCGCUGUUCGAAGGGACAUUCCGGCCAACAAUUACACUCUACUUCGACUUCGCGCACCUACUGCGCAGCUUUGCCGAACGUAAGGGCGCGGACGUCUUCCACUUCAAGCUCCGUGGUUCGACCGCCAAAUUGAACGAGCGUAAGCUAGAGCGGCGUCCAACCGAUUUCUUUCUCGCCAAAUACUUUGGAAGAUCCUACAGCGAGCUCGAAACUGCGUACCUCUCACUUUCCGUGUUCAACCGAGCUGCGCUCGGGCCAUAUCCUGGCAACCGACAGUCACGAGUUGAGGCCAAAGGCGGCCAUGUCCGCAUCUACAGGACGGAAGCCGGCGAACUCCACAUAGUGGUAUUAUGCGAGUGUGAGAUGAAAGGAUUCGUAGGCGAACAUCACGUGAGAAGCGAAGACGGCCGGGAAGAGAGUGUCUUGGCUUUGGGUGGUCUUGUUGGGGAUUUGCACCGAGCGACAAUGCGGCUGCCGUGAUCUUGCCAAGUCAGAUUGCUUAGUCGGUAGCCGAAGAGAGGUAGGACUGAGCAUGGUCGUUGUAUCAUUUGAGUCAAAGAGUCCGAAGAACCCUGGUGACGCCUCUGUCGUGCCGACAACGGUUCACCUCUCAAGCACAUCCCAAGCGAAUUCACAAUCUGAGCUCAACGCUUUCCACACCUCCAACCCAGCACAGACCUGCCACUGUUCGCCUCGACUGUCUCGUAGGCACCGUGGACUGCCCGAGGCCCUCCGUUCCCGAAACUCUUCUAGGCGAGGUGCUUAAGAAGAUCUAGCAGCAGGU